CUAAUUUUUUACUUGAAAAAAAUGGACGAAGAAAAAGGAGGUUUUUUUGAAUAAUUAAGAUAACUGUAUUAGAAUAGAGAAAAAAUAGAAUCAAAAAUAGUGGGAUUUCAUAUGCAAAAACAAUUUAAGAUUUCUCAUUUAUUUGGUAACGAAGAACAAAUAAAUUGUAUGGAUUUAAUAGACAUAUCAGAGAAUGAAUCUUUUAUUAUAGUAUGUUCUGAUGCAAAAAUAAAAUUAUAUUCACACACAACAAAACUUGAUAAAUUAUUUGAGUUCAUGAUUCAAUUUGAAGUAAAUGAACAUCUUGAUUAUGAUGGACUAAAAAAUGAGAAAUAAAAAAAGUUUCUAAGACAUUCUAAGUAAUUAACAACAGGGCCUGUAAAAGAACUAAUUAUGUUUUGUCAUUUUGCAUAUAUUUAUGAUUAGUUAUAUGUAUAUGCAGGUGGAGAUUUAGGAUAUGUUUAUUAAAUAGAAAUAAAAGAGAAUCCUGAAUAUUUUUUACUUGAAGGACAUCAUAAUGUUAUAACAGGAUUAAGUAGUAAUAGUAAAGGUGCAUUUUCAUCAUCUAAGGAUGGUUCAAUAAUUUAAUGGGAUUCAUGCAAUAGAUAAAUAGUAUAAGUAUUUAGAGAUGGAGAUACACCAGAAGCAGAAGUAUUAUGUGUAUCAGCAAAUUAAGAUUAUGUGAUAGGAGGAUAUUCUGAUGGAAAAUUGAAAUUAUGGGUAAUUUAAGAUUAUAAAAAUGAUAGUUGGACUUAUAAAAUUAAUAAAUAACCUACUAUUAUAUUUUAGGGUCCUCUUUAAGACAUUUAUCCUCAUGUAACUUAAAUCUUUUUAUUAAAAUAAACUAUUGUAACCAAACAUCUAAAUGGUAUUAUAAAUUAUUUUGUAUUUGAUUUGUAAGGUAAAACAAUAUCACUUAGAGAUUGGGAAAUGUCUAAUGAAAAUUAUUGGGAGAACAUAGAUGUGAAAUUCCCUUAUCUUAUAUAUACUUGUUUUAAUCGUAUGCAAGUAAUAACUCUUAAAAAAAAUAAAUUGACUUAUGAAGCUGAAUUAGAUGUUUUGCCAUCUAGCAAAUUAACAAUAUCUAAAAUAUCUAAUAGAUUGAUUUUAAUUGGAAGAAUGAAUUAAUAUACGAUUAUAUAAUAAUGA